AUGAAAAAUGCGAUCGCUAUUGUCUUUCCCAACAAGCGGUAUAGAUAUUGCUUGUGGCACAUAUUGCGAAAGGUGCUUGAGAAGUUUGGUUCCCAUGCCCAAUACAAAUGUGGCCUGAAAAGUAAGUUGCUAUCUUGUGUUUAUGACUCUCUUACAAUCGAGGAGUUUGAGAAUUCUUGGAACAGUCUCAAUGAUACUUUCAACUUACAUGAAAAUGCAUGGUUACAAAGCUUAUAUGCAGAAAGAGAGUUUUGGGUAUCGGUAUAUUUAAAGAACUCGUUUUGGGCUGGAAUGAGUACAACUCAACGCAGAGAGAGUAUGAAUGCUUUCUUCGAUGGUUAUGUGUAUGCCAGGACAAACUUUAAAGAGUUUGUUGAUAGGUUCGACAAUGGAUUGAAGAAAAAAAUUGAAAACGAAAACCAAGCUGACUUCAAUUCAUUUAACUUCACCAUUUCUUGCAUAUCACACUUGACUCUUGAGAAGAAGUUUCAAAAUAUAUACACAAAUUCAAAAUUUAUGGAGGUUCAACAAGAGAUAAUGAGAAUGAUAUAUUGUCAUUGUUGUUUUGAGAAAAUGGAUGGAGCAAUCACAACUUACUCGCUGGAUGAUCAAGUUAAGGCUGAAGAUUUCAUCAAGGAGGUUACGUAUACUCUUUACUUUAAUGAGACCGAGUGUGAGGCGAAAUGUGUUUGUGAGUUGUUUGAGAUGCGAGGGAUAAUAUGUAGACAUAUUCUUGCAAUCUUUUCAGCUAAGAAAGUUCGUGAGUUUCCGGAAAAGUACAUAUUGGACCGGUGGAGAAAAGACAUAAAACAUAAGUAUACUAUUAUUUCGAGGAGUUAUGACAUUGCUGAUCAGAAACCCGAAACUGUUAGGUAUAAACGUAUAUUGGAAACUUUCAAUGAGGUAAUAAUAAAUGCAGUUUCGUGUGAUAGGCAUACUGAGGAAAUGAUUUUGAAAUUAUAUGCGAUGAAUGAGGUAUGGCGCACUUCGAACCCCAAGGACAUAGAUUCCAAUGUUGGAGGAAGUACCGUGAAUGCAGCCACAGAAGGAAGUUCCAAAAAGGUGUUAAGUCCCCAUGUUGUUAGAGGUAAGGGAAGACCUCCGUGUAAGAGGAGGAUGUCGACGAUGGAGGAACAAUUGAAGAAAAUUAAAACUAAGGCUGCGAAUAAGAAAAAAGAUAAGGGAAAAAGCAGACUGAGGCGUAGAUUGGAUACUGAACUAUUGAAAAGCAGUGGAAACCAAUUUGGGAUAUUGGGAAUGAGGAUGCAAGAAAAUGUACAAACUCUCAUAAUGGUGGAUCAAGAAAGUGGACAAUAA